AUGACCCCUGAGCCGGCUCUAAAUCGGAUGAGGCAGGUGCUGGAGCCCAGGCUCAAGAGGAGGCAGCAGGGACCUCUGGGGGCUCCUGGCCGCAUCCCUUCAAUCUUCAAGAAGGAGAGUGUUUACGUGGCCCGGCCCCCUUACCCAGAGGUCACAGGAAGUCGCUCGCCCUCUCUGUGCUGCAGAAGCCUCACCUGUGCCAUGGGCUACCGCUGCUCCUCACAGGAGUGUGGGGUGCUGGUGUGCGCCCCACUUGCCCUGAGGGCUUUCCGCUCCCCACCUAUCGAACGGGUACUCUGUGCGCUGGCUCAUGUUCAGACUUUAAUAUGGUCGGGGUUCAGAAAGCCGGGUCCCAACCGCUUUUCCGCAUUUUCGCCGUCUGUUAGGCGCGAUGUUUUUAGAAAUCAGCUACCCAGGAAAAAUGACUUUUACUCCCAUGAGCCGCCUUCUGAGGAUCCUCCCCCAGAGACGGGAGCGUCCGUGCGCCUCCAGCUCCAGUCCGGGGCUCAGCUCUGCAGGGUGUGCGGCUGUUUAGGCCCCAAGACGUGCUCGCGUUGUCGCCAGGCGCAUUACUGCAGUAAGGACCACCAGGCUGUGGACUGGAGAUGCGGGCAUAAGCAGGCGUGUAGACAGGCAGGUAAUGUGGACAAUACAGUUCCAGAUCACAACUUCCUUUUUCCAGAAUUUGAAAUUGUAAUAGAAACAGAAGAUGAGACUACACCUGAAGUUUCAGAAAAAGAAGAUGAACCGGAGAUUAUAGGGAGCAUGGGUGAAGCACCUGCAGAAGAAUUGGAAUCCAUGGCAAAACAUGAAUCCAGGGAAGAUAAAAUUUUCCAGGAGUUUAAAAAUAAAAUAGCCCUGGAACCAGAACAGAUUCUCAGGUAUGGCAGAGGGCUUGCCCCCAUCUGGAUCUCUGGUGAAAAUGUCCCCCAAGAGGAGGAUAUUCCAGACUGCCCCUGUGGAGCCAAGAGAAUAUUUGAAUUCCAGGUCAUGCCUCAGCUGCUCAACUACCUAAAGGCCGACAGGCUGGGCAAGAGUGUUGAUUGGGGUGUCCUGGCCGUCUACACCUGUGCUGAGAGCUGCAGCCUGGGCACCGGCUACACAGAGGAAUUUGUUUGGAAGCAAGAUGUAACAGAUACACCUUAAAGAGAACCUCAAAUAGCCUUAAAAGUGCUCAUAACCUCUUA